GAAUCUUGGGAAACGACGACGGAACACAUGGACGUUUCAACAACAGAACUGAAUCCAAACUUUUGACUAUUCUGAUAAGAACAAGCAAAAGGACCCCACACAUAAAAUGGGCAAGUCUAAGAAAAACAAGAGAAACUUAUCGGACAAAGUGCAGCGAGGGAAAACUGUUCAAGAAGUUAAGAAUAAUCCAUUUGAGAUUCGUCUGAAUCGUCAGAAACAUCACAUCCUUGGGAAGAAGAUCAGCAAACAUGAUAAAGGACUACCAGGAGUGUCGAGGUCAAAGGCCAACCAAAAGCGAAAGGACACACUCCUCAAGGAAUAUCAACAAAGAAACAAAACCAAUAAAUUUAUUGAUAAGCGAUUUGGAGAGAAUGACCCAACACUCAGCGUUGAGGAAAAGAUGAUGCAGAGGUUUGCUGUUGAGAGACAGAGAGGUCAUGAAAGAGAGUCUGCCUAUCAGCUCAAUGAGGAUGAAGACUUGACUCAUUACGGCCAGUCACUCGCUGAUAUCGAGAAGUUUGAAGAUACAGAAUUCAUGAGUGAUGACGAGGAUCAAGAUUGCAAUUUGGGAGCCAAAUACGUUGCUGAUGAGCACUUUGGAGGAUUCUUAUUAAAGAAGAAAACAGAUGAUAAGAAAGAAGAGGAUUCUAAACCAAAGUCACGUCAGGAAAUUCUAGAUGAAGUAAUCGCCAAUUCCAAGAAAAGCAAGUAUGAGCGUCAGCAUCAGAAAGAAGAUAUGCUGAAUCUGACAGAAAAACUGGAUGAAGACUGGAAGACUGUGGCUAGUCUAAUUGGCUCCAAUAAGAUACUACGUACUAGUCAGCGUGAUAAAUCCACCCCAGAGGUUCGACCUAAAGCAGAUGAUUAUGACAUUGCUGUUAGAGAACUGAUGUUUGACAUGAAAGCAAAGGCAACAGAUAGAUUGAAGACACCGGAGGAGAUUGCCAAAGAUGAGAAGGAAAGACUGGAUAAACUUGAGCAAGACAGACAACAAAGAAUGCUUGGAAUUACACCGGAAGACCAAGAAGAAGCAAGAAAGAAUACGCAUCAAUCUGCGGAUGAUCUUAAUGAUGGGUAUGCCUUGACUAUUGGUAACAGAGCGCCAAUAAGCUACAAAGACGGCAAGCUACUUCAAUCAAACAAACUUGGUGUCAAGGCUGUAGAAGCUACAGAUGAAGACAUCGAGGAAGAAGAAAGUGCAGAUGAAGAAGAAGAAGAAGACGAAGAAGUUGAAGAUGCAGAGGAGGAGGAGGAAGGAGAUGAAGAGGAGGAGGAGGAGGAUAAUCAUUCUGAUUUAGAAUCGGACAGCUCUGAAAGUGAAGAAGAAUCACCAAGAACUGAAGAGAGCUCUACAAGGAUACCAUUCAUGGAAAAAGAAACCAGAGAAGCUCUCAAGAGAAACGCUAAAGCAGAGCUUCCUUACACCUUCAAAGCACCUGAGAACCAUGAGGAGUUUUUCAACAUGAUGGGUGGUCAAUCCGACAGCAAUCAACUUCUUAUUAUCGGAAGAAUACGAACCUGUCAUCAUCCAAGCUUAGCGGAAGGAAAUAAAGACAAACUGGAUACUCUCUUGACGAUAUUAUUGCGGUAUUUUGGUGAUGUCUUACGUCAGAAGAAGAUGCCAGGGAUAGAGUAUUUGGAUGGACUCACAAAACACAUCUAUGAACUUGCCCAGCAAUCAUCACUUCAUGCUGGGCUGAGUAUGCAAGCUUUAAUUCAGGAGCAUUAUGAGAGAUUCAAUGAAAUGGCUAACGCAAGAGGUCGAGGCGUCUUCCCACAAGUUGAGACGCUGAUGUACUUCCAGUUAGUGAGUUUACUUUUUUCAACGUCUGAUUUUCGGCAUGGAGUGGUGACGCCAACGAUGCUAUUUAUGGGUCAGAUCUUGACACAGUGUCCGGUUCGUUCAUCCAAAGAUGUUGUCUCUAGUCUGUUCAUCUGCAAUGUGUUUCUCAAGUAUGUGAGAUUAUCCAAGAGGUUUGUUCCAGAAGUCAUCAACUACUUACAAGGAAUUUUGUUCCUUGCCUCCAAGAAGGAGGCGGGUCAACUCUAUAAUGUCAUCCCACCCUUCAAGCCGAUUGGUCGUAAUAUUAACAUACUGAGAUUACAGUCAACGAGCAGCGAGAUUACAAGAAACAUGAAGAUCCAGCCGGUACGUAUUCUGGAAGUUCUGUCCCAAGCAGACCAUCAGGAACUAGACACAGAUGAGUUCAGAUGUUGGUGUCUUGCCACCAGUCUAAGUCUUCUGUCACAGUGUGUAGAGCUGUAUAAAGAACUAGCAAGCGCUAAAGAGAUUUUCACACCAGUGAGGGCAUCGUUGGACAGUGGACGUAUACCAUUCCAGAGAUAUCCUGAACAGAUACAGGAGCUGUAUGAAUCUUUGAGUACUGAGCUGAAGUCACUGGAUGAGAAACCCAAGAAAUGCUUACAGCGACAGAAGAAGAAACCAUUCACUCUUCACAUGUUUGAGCCCAAGAUUGAGGAAGAUUAUGAUCCAAUCCGUAAGAAGAGAAACAAUGAAGGAAGUGAGAAGAACGAGAAGCAGAGACUUUUACACAACUACAAACGAGAACUGAAGGGUGCCAUGAGAGAAAUCAGGAAAGAUACUCAGUUCUUAGCGAGGGAGAAGUUGAAAGAACAAAUUGAAAGAGAUACGGAGAGGAAAGAGAAGGUUAAGAGAAUUCAUCAACUGUUAGCGGGGCAGGAAGGCGACUAUCAAGCAACCAAGCGAGGGCGCAUCAACUUGAAACCUCAAUAAUUGUGUUUUAGGCUAACACUAUAAGGUGCGUGACUGGGGGCCAUGCUUAGAACGUUCUCCCCCCCCCCCAUGAGAGCAAUAAAAUGAACAAAUUGAUGGUUGGAUACAUUAAAAAGCCUCCCUUAACUGUGUAUUUGCCACUGCCCCCCCCC